AUGGCGGCGACAACCCCCUCCACCCCAUUAACCGUCAUCGUCAUCGGCCUAGGCCAAAUGGGCCGCAGCCACGCCCUCGCAUACCACACCUCGCCCUCCUACCGCAUCCUCGCCCUCGUAAACCGCUCGUCCCCAAAAGACCUCCCCCAAGAACUAACCCCCUACCCCCUCCUCCACUCCUUCGAAGAAGCCCUCUCAUCCCACACCCCCGACCUCGUCUCCAUAAACACCCACACCGACACGCACGCCUCCUACGCCCUCGCAGCCCUCGAAGCAGGCAGCCACGUCUUCGUCGAGAAAGCCCUCGCGGCCAACAUCCCCGACUGCGAGGCCGUCAUCGCCACCGCGCGACGAACGAAAAAGAAAUUAAUCAUAGGCUACAUCCUCCGGCACCACCCCUCCUGGCGUACAUUCAUCCACACCGCACGCACCACCCUCGGCGGCCCGCCCUACAUCUUCCGCAUGAACCUCAACCAGCAAUCCACCGGCCCCGCCUGGGCGAUCCACAAAUCCCUCCUGCGCUCCGGGGCAUCCCCCGUCGUCGACUGCGGCGUGCACUACAUCGACGCGAUGCUGCAGAUCACCGACUCCCGCCCCGUGCAGGUCCGGGGGAUGGGCGUUCGUCUCUCGGAGGAGGUGGCGGAGGGACAGGUGAAUUACGGGCAUUUGCAGGUUUUGUUUGAGGAUGGGAGUGUGGGGUGGUAUGAAGCGGGUUGGGGGCCUAUGAUUUCCGAGACGGCGUAUUUCGUCAAGGAUGUCGUGGGGCCGAAGGGGGCUGUGUCGAUUGUGGGGGAGGAGGGGGGUGGGGAGAGUGCGGAUGUGGAUGGGCAUACGAAGAUGGUGAGGGUGAGGAUUCAUCGGGUGGGGAGGGAGGGGAAGGGCGAGGAUGAGGUGCUGGAGAUGUGGGAUGAGCCGGGGCAUGGUGAGCUUUGUGCGUUGGAGCAGGGGUUUGUGGCGGAGACGAUUUGGGGGGAUGUGGAUUUGGAGAGGCAUUGGGCGGAUGCGGUGAGGGCGCAGGUGGUUGUGUUGGCGGCGGAUCGGUCGAUGAGGGAGGGGAGGGCGGUAGAUGUUUGA